AUCAAUUAAGACCCCUGUCUCCACUUCGUACAAAACGCGUCAAGACGCGACCUCCGCGUUUUCUCGCGUUUAAAUGAUAAACUACUCUCACAAGAUCCGCCCCUCGCUCGUCAACUCGAGAGUUUCUCAGUCUGUCUCAUUGUGAAAACUCGUAUCCGGCCAAGCAGCUCAAUAUGGCAACAGCAAUGGGAGUUUCCAGCGAUGCUGGAUUCAUGAUGUCUGAUGGUCUCGCGAGAUCUGGCGCAACCCCCAGGGGGCAACGCUAUGUGGCCGGCUCCUCGACCGGACGACCCAGAGCACCACCCUCGGAGAGUCUCGGUGCUCCAAGCGACGACGAAGGGGAGGGCUUCGAGGAUGAUCAGGUCCCCAACCGAUCCCGUCCCACAGAUGCCACCAACAUCCCUAGAGUCGAGGACAAGAUUGGCCUCCUUAUCCAGGAACACUUUGAGAAUUUUAUUGAAGGAUUCGUAGAAACCCCCACAUCUUCGGGCGCACCGACUUCCAGCGCCAUCACCACGGACAAGUACUAUGUCGCCCAGAUCCAUGGCAUGCGGACAUACCAACUAUCGACCUUCUAUGUCGACUACAAGCACCUCGCAUCAUGGAGCAACGGCAGUCUUGCAGACGCCAUCGUCAAGCAGUACUACCGCUUCCUCCCCUUCCUCACCUCGGGGCUGCACAACAUGAUCGCCAAGUACGAACCCCAGUACUUCCGCGAGCACCGGCAGCCCACCACCUCCAGCAACCAGACCACCUCGGGCGGCAGCAACGCCGGCUCUGCCAGCCAGUCGGAGCUGCAGGGCAGCAAGACGGCCAACCAGCAGACGGACAAGCUCUUCGCCAUCGCCUUCUACAACCUCCCGCUGGUCAGCCGCGUGCGGUCGCUGCGCGCCAAGAACAUCGGCCAGCUGCUCUCCAUCAGCGGCACCGUGACCCGCACGUCCGAGGUGCGCCCGGAGCUGUCGGUGGCGACCUUCACCUGCGAGGCCUGCCGCAGCGUGGUGCCUAAUGUGGAGCAGACGUUCCGCUACACCGAGCCGACGCAGUGCCCCAACGCCACGUGCCAGAACCGCCACGCCUGGCAGCUGGACAUCAGGCAGAGCACAUUUGUCGACUGGCAGAAGGUGCGAGUGCAGGAGAACAGCAGCGAGAUCCCCACGGGGAGCAUGCCGAGGACCAUGGACGUCAUCCUGAGGGGAGAGAUCGUCGACCGCGCCAAGGCGGGCGAGAAGUGCAUCUUCAGCGGCGCCCUGAUCGUCGUGCCCGACGUGAGCCAGAUGGGCCUGCCGGGGAUCCGGCCCACGGCCGUGCGGGACGACCGUAGCACCGAGGCCGGAGGCAAUGGCGUCAGCGGGCUGAAGGCCUUGGGCGUCCGCGACUUGACCUACCGCCUCGCCUUCCUGGCGUGCAUGGUGACGCCGGACGUGUCGGCCAUUGGCGCCUCCGGGGACGCGCAGAUCGCGGACAUUGUCGGUUCGCUGACCCAGAGCUCUGGAAUCGAGACCGCCGAGAGCGUCAAGGAAGCCCAGGACGCGGUGCUCGCGUCGUACAGCCAGGCCGAGAUUGAAGACCUCCGGCAGAUGGUCCACAGCGACAUGAUCUACGGGCGUCUGGUGCAGUCCCUCGCGCCCAUGGUCUACGGCCACGAGAUCGUCAAGAAGGGCCUGCUCCUCCAGCUCAUGUCCGGCGUGGCCAAGACCACCGCCGAGGGCAUGGCGCUCCGAGGCGACAUCAACAUCUGCAUCGUGGGCGACCCUUCGACCUCUAAGUCGCAGUUCCUCAAGUACAUCUGCAGCUUCGCCCCGCGGGCCGUCUACACGUCGGGCAAGGCGUCGUCGGCGGCGGGCCUGACGUCGGCGGUGGUCAAGGACGAGGAGACGGGCGAGUUCACGAUCGAGGCCGGGGCGCUCAUGCUCGCCGACAGCGGCAUCUGCGCCAUCGACGAGUUCGACAAGAUGGACAUUGUCGACCAGGUGGCGAUCCACGAGGCCAUGGAGCAACAGACCAUCUCGAUCGCCAAGGCGGGCAUCCAGGCGACGCUCAACGCGCGGACGUCGAUCCUCGCGGCGGCGAACCCCGUGGGCGGGCGGUACAACCGCAAGAUGACGCUGCGGGCCAACAUCAACAUGAGCGCGCCCAUCAUGUCGCGCUUCGACCUCUUCUUCGUCAUCCUCGACGAGUGCAACGAGCAGGUCGACCGCCACCUGGCCGAGCACAUUGUCGGCGUGCACCAGCUGCGCGACGCCGCCGUGGCCCCCGAGUUCAGCACCGAGCAGCUGCAGCGGUACAUCCGGUUCGCGCGCACCUUCCGCCCCGAACUGACCGACGAGGCCAAGGACCUGCUCGUGCGCCGGUACAAGGAGCUGCGCGCCGACGACGCCCAGGGCGGCGUCGGGAGGAACAGCUACCGCAUCACCGUCCGCCAGCUCGAGAGCAUGAUCCGCCUGUCCGAGGCCAUCGCAAAGGUCAACUGCGUCGAGGAGAUCAUCCCGGACUUUGUCAACGAGGCCUACAACCUGCUGCGCCAGAGCAUCAUCUCGGUCGAGCACGACGACGUUGACGUCGACGACGACGAUGAGGAUGGGGCGGCGCCGCCCGAAGACGGUGUCACCCUCCGCCGCGCCGCUGAUCGCGCCGCCGGUGUGGGUGCAGCGGACGGUCCUGUUGCCGACGCGGACUCGCCCAUGGCGGACGAGGAGGAGGAGGAGGAGCAGGAGGCGAGCGACGAGCGGCAGGGGUCGGUGGCUGCUUCGGCAGCAGCAGCGGCGCCGCGGCAGAAGCAGACCGUCUCGUACGACAAGUACAUCGGCAUCGUCAACAUGAUGGUGUCGCGCGUGGCGGAGGACGAGUCGGCCGGCGGCGGGGAGGGGGUCGAGGCCGAGGCCCUGGUGCAGUGGUACCUCGAGCAGAAGGAGGACGAGCUCGACGGCGAGGAGGACUACAACAACGAGAUGGCGCUGGCGAGGAAGGUGUUGAAGAAGAUGGUCAAGGACAACAUCCUCAUGGCGAUCCGCGGCCAGGGUAUGGCCGACGAGGGAACCGGAGAGGGCAGCUCUGUUGCGGGCGGCCAGAUCGUCUAUGUUCUCCACCCCAACUGUGCCGUCGAGGAGGUCUGAGAAUGGGCCGGAUGGAUAUGCUCAUCACUACAUUUUUUCUUUUUUCUGCUCUCUGCUUUAGGCCAGGGGUGAGUUUUCGAGGGGUCUCGGCAUAACACUUGUGGCGGUCACAUCGGCGUCUGGGAGUUGGGAAGCAGGACGAUAGAUGUGUGUCAGAGUAAUGAACGAUUUGCUAUGGAUAAAGGUGGGUGGUGGUCAGGGUGCGCGCUCGCGUGCCAGUUAUGUAUACAGACAGCAUCCAAUGCUAGCUAGCCAUGGUAAAGUGUAUAGCGUGACCAUGAAGUGGUGAUAACUUGCAAUGCAUAGAAGGCG